GGUUUAACGACCCCGAUUAAACACUAAAGAAGAAGAAGGUGAUCCAUUCAUAAACCAACAUGGCGAACAUUCGGUGUGUCAAGGGUAUGGUUGGCCUUGUGACAGGCGGUGCGUCCGGUUUGGGCCGGGCCACUGUGGAGCGUCUGAUCCAGAACGGAGCGUCUGCUGUGAUCCUGGACCUGCCCUCCUCUGAUGGACCGGCUCUGGCAGCCAGUCUGGGGGACCGCUGUGCCUUCUCUCCUGCAGACGUGACAUCAGAAGCAGACGUGCAGUCGGCGGUGACCCUGGCCAGAGAGAAGUUUGGGAAGCUGGACCUGGCAGUUAAUUGUGCCGGCAUCGCUGUCGCCGUUAAAACGUAUAACUUUAAGAAGGACCUCCCUCACAGCCUGGAGGACUUCCAGCGUGUAAUCAAUGUGAACAUUGCAGGAACUUUUAAUGUGAUUCGUCUUGCUGUGGGUGCGAUGGGGAAGAACGAGCCGGAUGCAGAUGGACACAGAGGCUGCAUCAUUAACACAGCCAGCGUGGCCGCCUUUGAUGGACAGGUCGGCCAAGCGGCAUAUUCCGCCUCUAAAGGCGGUAUAGUUGGAAUGACCCUCCCUAUUGCACGAGAUCUGGCACCCAUGGGCAUCCGAGUCAUCACCAUAGCACCGGGUCUGUUCUCCACUCCCCUCCUGGCUGGUCUCCCAGAGAAGGUGCGCUCCUUCCUCGCCCGCCAGGUGCCCUUCCCCUCUCGCCUGGGAGACCCCGCUGAGUUUGCCCACCUGGUGACAUCACUGGCUGAGAACCCCAUGAUCAAUGGAGAGGUCAUCAGACUGGACGGAGCCAUUCGCAUGCAGCCCUGAGACGGAUGGUGUGUGUGUGUGUGUGUGUGUGUCCACGUUAACAAAAAGGUGUUGAUCGUCACCUUCGUCGAAUUAAGAGAACAUUUUUAUGUCUGAGUGUUCGUGUGUGUGGCUGCCUGGUGCAAUAGUGUUGUAGAAAGCUGCAUACAGUGAGAGAGUGUGUAAAAUAUCUGUACAUCAUUCAGAGCAUUGCAGUAGUUUAUGCACUCAACUUUGGUUGUUUUGUAAACAAAUCCAGAUUAUAAUAAACCUCCAGAUGAGUUUGAU